CGAUCCUAGAGUGCCAUCUUUCUAAAUUCGUGAGAUCUUUUUCAAAGUAAUUAGUCUAUACAACUUCCAGCUUUUUCGUGGGAUUCUUCCUCUGUACUUUGCUCUGAGAAAAUGGAUGACGACAUCGUUGAAUUGUCGACCCCAAAGCGGUCAACGUCGAAGUCGAGCAAGCCUAAAGGCCCUACAGCGGAACAACGAUGGAAUUCUUCAACCCCGAACGCCCGAGCUGAUCUUCUUGUUCGUGAAGGUUUGAAGAUUCAGCCGAACGUCGCAGGAGGAGAGACGCUCAUGAACAAGCUUCGCAAGGACUUGAAGAAACCGAUGAGACAUCGCCUCACCUACCGCAAUGCCGUCCAGAUCUACGGCAAGUGGGCUGAAGUCGAUAGUCUACAGAAGAUCCAGAACAACGAUAACGCAGCAGAACGCUGGGAGAAGAACAAUAAGAAAAUCGACAUGCAGCUGCGCCUGCUACCAGGGGGAAACGUCGAGGUUGACAACGCAAAAUCCUUGAAAGCGAAGAGCAAGGACGUCGACCUCUUCAACAUCAGCGGAGUGGAACGUGCAAAAAUUGUGGUAUCUUUUUGGCUUAUUUCGUAUUAUUUUCCUUUCAACAGAUUUCACCUUAGCAGCUUGGAAGCAGUUCGUUGUAGCUCAUAUUGCUGCAAACGCAGGAGCGAGGAAGCGCGGGGGCCUGAUUCCAUUUGGCGCCUGCAUGCUGCAGCGUGAUAGGAUACCGCGGGCGCAGGUGCUCUUGCGAUUUGCCUGGGGGAGGGUAGUGCGCUCGUGUUCUGUGCAGUCGCUAGGCACUCGGGCGCAGUGGUGUAGGGAUUUUGCCCAGUGUGGAACGCUUGGGGACUCGGUUGCCGGUGUCCGUUUCUCCUUAUCUCUUGCAGCUUCGCCCGCGCUUGGUGAACAGCAAAACAGUGAGGCGGGCCCCGCGAGCCAAUGCGCCGCCACUUGCAGGCGUGGCGCUGUCUGUGGAGUAUUGAGAGGGGGGGCAGGGCGCUGCAGUGUGCGAAAUUUGAAGAGCGGCGCCACCAAGCGCCAGCGCCCGCGUGCGUUUUUGGAGAUUUAAAGCCGACGGAGCUAAGUCGUUGCGUGUCCCUGACGUCCCCGGCUUCGAGGGGUGGGCGGAUCCAUGCAACAAGGUGGCAAAAAUUCGCGAAACAUCUCCGCGAGAUGCUGCAGGAAAUGUAUAGCAGCAAUACCUCUACAGCGAAGACGCGGACUGGGCUGCGGUGUCGAUCCUGGGCGAAGCAAUAAGGACGGGGCGGAAAGGCGGCGCGUGGACUUCCUACAGAGGUCGAGGGCGUCGGUUGCCAUUUUUUGCAUGCAGUUCAUGCCAUGCGGGGAGCGAACUGCGUAAGAGGCUCCGGGCUUCUCAUGGGGCUACCAAGCGGCCUCGUGGUUCUUGCCCAGGCUUGUGGAAAGUGCCGCGCGCGACUACGGCGGCCCGAAGAGGACGGAAAGCAGUGCAACAAAAUGAGCGGCAUUCGUCUGGUGGGAAUGGAGCGGAGUGGCUUCGUCGCAAAAGGCUGGCGCAGACGGUACGAGUGGAGAGGCUUCUGGGUCUGCAAGUUUUCGGAAGUGCUUCGGCUUGGGUGCUGGGUUGGUUUUUGUUUGGGUUUUGUAGUUUCCUUAUCUUGAUUGGCGACGGACGCGCGUCGCGGGUUCACAGGGCCAGCCCUGCACGCUUUGCUUUCGGUUUUUUCUGUUUCUUUCAGUUUCGCCAAGUGUCUGGCUGUGUUUCGGUGUGGUUUGUCAGUGGCAGGCUGCGACUGUUGCCCCGGCUUUUUUGGUGUUCUCACCAUGAUGGCCCGGGUGGGUGUUGCGCUUGGGUUCUUGUUGGUUGUUUCGUCGUGAAGUCGUGAGGCGUGGCUAUCUGUUUUUGCUGAUCAUUGUCGAAGCCUUGCGGGGCCAGGUUGGUGGUCGCAUCGUCAGAGGUAUCGCCCCCGAUCGUGUGCGGCUUUUUAUGCAUGUCAUUCCCAUGGUGGAAGCUUGUAAUGAGUCUGCACCUAGGUAGUAGCAGCUUAUAUCCAAAAGUUUUCAGUUUUGUGGUUCAUGCUUGCUACUUACUUUUUUUAAACAGAAGGCUACGCUUUUCAAUUUAACAAAUACAAUUUUUUAUUUAUUAAUGCAUUUUCUAAGAUUUAUGGAUAUACUCCUGAAGUACGGCAAUGCCGUUGCUGUAGUUGUAAUUUUUUGGAUAUUUUUACAUGCUGUUCGUAAAUAUACACACCUCAUUCAGGAUCGUGCUUGCUUUCUUCAAUCAUAAUCAACAACACCCUCCACAGAAGUCGAUCAUUGAGAAGCUGAAGCAAACGAAUCGAUUGGCGAACUAUCUAAAAGCUGUGGAGUAUUUGUGUGGACAUUAUUGCACUCACCGCCAGGAGAUGCGUCGUCUAUCACACCAAAGCGCGAAUCUAUUGGACAAGGAGAAGAAAGAACUACUAUCCCUCGCUUUUUUGAAAGCUUUUCAAGGAGUUAUUUUCCAGAAGAAUACACCGGAGGAUCUGCGAACGUGGUAUAAUACAGCUUCUUUUUCUAUCAAACAAGUGACUCCUUGUUUUGUAAAUGUAGUCGUAUAUGAAAGUAUGAGCAUGUCCAUGAGCUACCAUUUUUUCCUACCUUGUGUUUGGUAAAAAUUUACUUUCAGUGGAGAUUGCAGCGCGCGCCAUCUAUGCAGCUUGUUUCUGUCAACCCUAUCUAUACAUCAUUCCAUCCAGGUUGGAUACGAUCGACCCGGACGUAAUACAAUUUGUCGGACUUCGAGGAUGGUUGAACUUGCUCGGCUAUGAAAUGGGAAAGGAGCUGAAAAUGCAUGAAGGCUCUCCGCAGCCAAAUGACUUACCCGACCAGGAAGGAGAUAUCAUGGCAGACAUCAAGCGGCGCCUGCAGGCGGUAGUGAUUAUAUAGUAGUAGUUUUUUGUAAUUUAUAAUCUGCGAUAUUCGUAGUUCUUUAGCUCGAAAAGUCUGACUUUUUUGAUACAACUUACCUUGAGAAAGCAACUUUUUGGGGGCUAUUUCUAUCCUGAUAUCUAUCAGUGAUCUAUACUUAUUCGCAUCCUUUCCUUGAUUAUAAACUUCGCCCUCUUAUUUAGAUUUGGAGCAAAGCCGUGCAGGACGAAGAAAAGAAGGUGAUUAGCGUUGCGGUGAGAGACCAAGCCCUAGAGGAUGACGAUGAUCAUAAUGCCAACCAUACCAUCGAGAUGAUUGCGCAAGAGAAGUGGGACACUUUUCAGAUUUUUACUGCUUUACAGCAGAUCACAGAAGAAGCAGACGACCUAGAAAAGAAGUAUCAGGCCAACAUGGGACAGAAACAGAAUCGAGUAUCGCUGCACUACAUGACGCGUGAGAGGGUAGCAAGCUGCUUUUAGCUGCUUGUAUUAUCGCUAACUUUUUCUAGAGUAUCCUCGAAGUGAGGGCUCAGGUUCCUAAAUUUUGUUUAUUUCAUCUACAAGAAUUGCAACAGAGUACCUUUUUCGUGUAUUAGAUCGUGUCCUUAUCGCCAUUACUACACGUCCCUUUCAAUCCACCACUCUUCCAGGCUAAUCAAUUGAUCGACGGCACGAACAACCUAAUGGAGAAAGC